AUGGGUUACAGAGAUUACCCUUUCGUGCCUCGACCCGAACACGACGAAUCCAGAGACCCGAGAAGGUAUCCUAGUCACGAGGAAGUCCUCGCUUACCUUGGAGAUUUCGCGAGAGAGUUUAAGGUCGACGAGAUGGUUCGAUUCGAGACAGAAGUGGUUCGUGUCGAGCCUCAAGACAAGAAAUGGAGGGUCUUGUCCAAAAAUUCCGUUGGGAUCUCCGACGAUGAGAUUUUCGAUGCGGUCGUUGUUUGUAAUGGACACUAUACAGAGCCUCGAGUUGCUCAAAUUCCUGGAAUAGAAACAUGGCCAGGGAAGCAGGUGCAUAGCCACAAUUACCGAGUUCCUGACCCAUUCAAAGACCAGGUGGUGGUAGUGAUAGGAAAUUUUGCGAGUGGAGCCGAUAUUAGUAGAGACAUAAUGGGAGUGGCGAAAGAAGUCCAUAUCGCGUCUAGAUCGAAUCCAUCCGAGACAUACGAAAAGCGCCCUGGUUCCGACAAUCUAUGGCUUCACUCUAUGAUAGAAAGCGCGCACGAAGAUGGGUCGAUUGUUUUCAAGAAUGGUAAGGUUAUAAAAGUUGAUACCAUUGUGCAUUGCACUGGUUACAUAUAUCACUUCCCGUUUCUCAACACCAAUGGCUAUGUUACCGUCGACGAUAACUGUGUUGGACCGCUUUAUAAACACGUUUUUCCGCCCGCAUUUGCUCCCGGGCUUUCCUUCGUUGGUUUACCUUGGAUGGGAUUGCAAUUCUUUAUGUUUGAGCUCCAAAGCAAGUGGGUGGCUGCAGUUUUGUCCGGUCGAGUCCCACUUCCUUCAGAAGAAAAAAUGAUGGAAGAGGUAACCGCUUUUUACGCAAAGCGUCAAGCUCAGGGGUUUCCCAAGAGAUACGCGCAUCGUCUUGGUAGGGAUCAGGUUAGUUACCUCAAUUGGAUGGCCGAACAAGUUGGUGAACCGCCUCUCGAACUUUGGAGAGAUAAGGAAGUAGACCGCGGCUAUCAAAGACUUGCCACACAAUCAGACACUUUCCGCGAUAAGUGGGACGAUGAUAAUCUCAUGGUUGAGGCUUAUGAGGAUUUCUUGAGCCAGAAGCUGAUCGAUGCUCUUCCUUCUCAGAUAUUGGAAUGUAAAAAAUGA